AUGAAGAUCUCCUCCAUCGCCAUCCUCGCCGUCGGUAUUCCAACUGUUGUUCAAGCCGGUGGCUUCGUCAGCAGCUGCGCACAAAUCUUCCUCGGUGGCACUUGGAUCAAUGCCCUUUGCAAGAAUAAAGCUGGCGUUUACGUCCCCACAGCAAAGGAUCUCAACGCGGAAAUUGGAAAUGCCAAUGGUCUUCUCGCUAGACACUCAUCGGGAUAUGCGAAUGUUUGUAGAGAUUGCUCGUUGACUACAGCGGCCGUGUUUAAAUGCUCGUGUCCACGCAUUAACCGUUAUCAGCCGGCUUCUAUCAAUCUUAACAACUUCUUGAGCAAUAGGGAUGGUACUUUGUUUUGGGAUUAA